CGGUCCAUCCUGGCGAAGUACGGCGCCGAUCCCGACCCAUGCGACCAUGGCGAUCGAACGCCUUUGUCGGUGGCGGCUGAAUUUGGGCACGAAGCCGUCGCGGAGCUUCUGCUCAAGAACGGUGCUGAUGUCGACCUCGAAGACGCCAACGGCAGGACUCCCCUCUGGUGGGCGGCCACGAACGGGCAUGCUGCUGUUGCGGAGCUGCUGGUAAAGGCAGAUGCCGACAUCGAGCACGCGAAUCAAGACGGCGAGACGGCUCUUUCACAGACCAAAUACAAAGGGUUCGAAGCCGUUGUAGACUUACUCAACGAGAAGAUCGUCGGCCCUGCGUUUCCCAAGAGCGACCGAGACGCACUGCUGUGGUGGGCGGUCACGGAACGACACGCGGCUGUGGUAGAGGCACUCCUGGAAGACGGAGGCGACCCAAACAGGCCGGGUCCUAUCGGCCAGUGCCCGCUACUGUGGGCUGCUGCGAAUGGGUACAAGACGUUGUUGAGGUGCUGCUAG